AUGCAUGCACCGACCUACGAUGACCUGCCUUCCGUCGACAAAAUGCCAAGGCGCUGUGUCUGGGGUGUCGUUGAUAAGGACGGCAAGAAAGACCUGUUUGGGACACUGAAUCAUCUUACGGCAGCCACAAUCGAAGCCGCUGCCGCCGAGGUCCCAGAUGGCGUGUUUCUGCUGAGGAUUAGCACCACAGAUGCCUUCGUCAACCCCACACCUGAGGAUAUGGCCAAGCUGGCGCAGAUAAAGUUCUCGGGUGCGCACGGCAUCGAGGCGACGACAAGGUGGUCCUGGGACAAGCGGUUCGCCGCCGUUGCGACAGAUUCCCCAUCGCGUUUGAGGCUGUGCCGCCAGUGGGACGGGAUGGCUCGGUUGGCUCAUUUGACGAAGUCGGUCAGUAACCAUCCCAAGCCUGGUGUCGGACAUGAUCGCUCACAGCAGCAGUGCUUCGGUCGUGACAGUUUUAGGUCCCAUGCCUAA